UCAAGGUUUAAACCGAUGCACUGUACAUUCAUCCGGCUGGCAGUGCUGUUAGCCAACACCUUAAAACUCUCUUCGCAGAGCUACUUGCUUGUCUGUUCUCUUUGAAUGUUUAUUAUUUCAUUUGUUUUGGUUAUACAACUUCCACCACCACUUUUUAAUAUUCCUCUCACCCUCAACCCUAGCUUGGGUUAACUGGAUUUUACUUAGGCUGUUUUGUCUUAUUACUUUAUACAUUUAAAGGGAUGGGUUCCUCCAACUCUAUGCCAGAAGAGAUUCAAGAACUUGCUGAUAAGACUGGUUUCACUUUGGAACAAAUUGAGCACCUGCAUCGGCGAUUCAAGCAGAUAAGUGGGGACCAGCCAACAAUCCGCAAAGAGAGUUUUGACAGGAUCCCCGACCUGGAAUUCAAUCCAAUUAGGUCAAAAAUUGUUCGUGCCUUUUUCGACAAGAGGAACCUACGGCAGGCAUCGGUUGGGCUAACUGACGAGAUCAACUUUGAAGAUUUCCUGACUAUCAUGUCCUAUUUCAGGCCUAUUGAGAUGAAUAUGGAUGAAGAGCAGCUGGAUCACUUUCGGAAAGAGAAACUCAAAUUUCUCUUUCACAUGUACGACUCGGACAACGACGGGAAGAUCACCCUGCAUGAAUACAGAAAAGUGGUAGAAGAGCUGCUGUCAGGGAACCCACAUCUGGAAAAGGAGUCAGCGAGGUCAAUUGCAGAUGGUGCCAUGAUGGAGGCUGCCAGCAUCUGUGUGGGACAAAUGGAGCCAGACCAGGUGUACGAGGGAAUCACUUUUGAAGACUUUCUGAAGAUGUGGCAGGGGAUUGACAUUGACACCAAGAUGCACGUCCGCUUUCUAAACAUGGAGCCUAUUGCCCAUUGUCACUGACCUUCGCCCAUCCCAGAGCCACUGGACUGCAGGGAAAGGGGAGCAAAGCCGCGGGCAGAGGAGCAAGGCCGGUGACUACUAAUGGCAGGUCCAUGCUUUGGGUACCAGAUGUCUGUCGUUUUGCUGCGGAUGCAUGUGUGAUGAAAUCCUGUGAGAUCCCUAUGUUCCCACAGGCACAGUGUUGUGCUGUGUAGAAAAUGUCUGAUUGCAGAUUCCUUCGUAUAAUAAAAUUCCCUUUUGUUUUGUA